AGAGUCCAACAACUUCAAAUCAGUCGCCUAAUCUUCUUCAACGAACUAGGGUUUUCAAGUGCUACAGUUGAUAAGUUUGUGGGGAAAAAAAAAUGACUGAACCCAAAGGCCAAAGAAAAGAUUUUGUCUGGAAGUAUGUAAAAGAAGUUGAUGGGGAAAAGUAUUUUAGAUGUAAAUUUUGUGAUCAAACUUGUAGUGGUACUGUAAGUCGAUUUAAAAAUCAUCUAGCCAGUAUGCAUAAAGGCAUUAAACCGUGUUCAAAAGUUCCUGAAGAUGUAAAGUUGGAAUGCCAACACGCAUUAAAAAAUUUCUUUGAGCAAAAAACUGCCCGUAAUGAGAUGCUAUAUGAAAUUGGGAUGGGUGCUGGAGCAAAGGGCGAGAGUGGUGCUUCUCAAUCUAUUGAAGGCGAUACUGGUGGUAUGACACAAGCACCAAAACCGAGGGGUCCAAUGGAUAAAUUUGCUAGUUCUCAAGCACGACAAUCUACACUGAACUCCAAAUGGAAACAAGAAGAAAGAAAAGAUGUGUGUCGAAAGAUUGGGCGUUUUAUAUAUUGUAAAGCCCUUCCAUUUAAUUUAGUGAAUGAUCCGUAUUGGGUAGCUGCAGUUGAUGGAAUUGCAAAUUAUGGACCUGGUUUCAAACCCCCUUCUAUGCAUGAAUUGAGGACUUGGAUUCUUAAAGUAGAAGUAGAGGAUAUAAAUGUCAUGAUGGAGGAACAUAAGAAAGCAUGGAAGCAAUAUGGAUGCUCAAUUAUGUCUGAUGGCUGGACAGAUGGGAAAAGUAGAGUUCUUAUUAAUUUUCUUGUGAAUAGCCCUGCUGGAACUUGGUUUUUAAAAUCAAUUGAUGCAUCUGAUACUAUAAAAAAUGGGGAGUUGAUGUUUAACUAUCUUGAUAGUGUCGUAGAUGAAAUUGGGGAAGAUAAUAUUGUUCAAGUUAUUACUGAUAAUGCUUCAAACUAUGUCAAUGCCGGGUCGAGACUUAUGGAGAAGAGGAAGAAGUUGUAUUGGACUCCAUGUGCUGCGCAUUGUAUUGAUUUAAUGUUGGAGGACAUUGGAAAAUUGAAAGUCUAUGACCAAACUCUCUCGUUAUCUAGGCAAGUGGUCAAGUUUAUAUAUGGACAUUGUUGGGUUCUUUCAAUGAUGAGAUCAUUUACAAAGAACAGUGAACUACUCCGUCCAGCAGUAACACGGUUAGCCAUUGCUUAUCUUACUCUCCAAAGUCUUUACAAACAAAAGCAACCACUCCAAGCUAUGUUUUCUUCAGAAAAGUGGGCUUCUAGUAGUUGGGCAAGAAAUGUUGAAGGGAAAAGAUUGCUUUCAAUUGUGGAGGAAAUGUUAGGAAGUACGGACCAAUUUGGAAUAAGAUAG